AUGGCAAGAGCAACUCCCUCCGUCUUAUUCACUCUUCUCUUCUUCAUUUUCAUAUCAGGUAGCUUGAUGAAAAUUAUUGUAGGACAAGAGUCCAACCAGGUGACUUGGUGCUUAGCGAAGCCAUCAACUUCGGAUGUACUCUUGGAGAAUAAUAUUGAAUACGCGUGUGCUAGUUUGGGCGACUGUAGUAUAAUUAAUGCAGGAGGGGCUUGUCAUGAACCAAACACAUUGAUCAACAGAGCUUCAGUUGUAAUGAAUCUUUACUACCAACAAAACAAAAGAAACUUUUGGAAUUGUGAUUUCUUAGACUCUGGACUUGUUUCUGUCACGGACCCAAGCUAUGGUAAUUGCACGUACAAGGCCGAAGAGUAA